AUGCCGCCACCAACCGCGAAGAAAUAUGCUUUCGAUGUCGUGGUUUUUGCAAUAUCUCAGGUUGCACUUUACUAUGCCGUAAAGUAUGUGCUUAGUAGUUUAGAUCCCAUGAAGGAUAAAAAGAAAGAAGCUAAGGCAAAAAGUGAACAAGUGCUAGGAAAACUAGGAAGAAAAAACAUGAAACUAAAUGAGUACGAAGAAGUAAUCUUGUCCGAAGUAAUCUUUCCGGAAGAAAUUUCCAUUAAUUUCAAACAGAUUGGAGGACUUGAUCCAAUUAUUCAAUCCCUUAGAGAAUCGGUUAUAUAUCCUUUAACUUAUCCACACUUGUUCACUUCACCUUCCGGAUUGUUGGGCGUAUCUAAAGGUGUUUUGCUUCAUGGUCCACCUGGAUGCGGGAAAACAAUGCUUGCAAAAGCUCUUGCACGUGAAUCUGGAGCCACAUUUAUAAAUCUUCAUGUAUCAACAUUAACGGACAAAUGGUUUGGUGAAUCCAAUAAACUUGUAUCAGCUGUAUUUUCAGUUGCGAAAAAAUUAGAACCUUGUAUCAUCUUUAUUGAUGAAAUUGAUGCAUUUUUGAGAGAAAGGCGAAGUAGUGAUCAUGAGGUUACUGGAAUGAUGAAGGCCGAAUUUAUGAGUUUAUGGGAUGGCCUAACUACAGAUGAUAGCGUACGCAUAAUCGUUCUUGGUGCUACAAAUAGGCCGAAUGAUAUAGAUUAUGCUAUUCUUCGUCGUAUGCCAAAACGAUUCGCGAUCAGUUUACCAAAUGAAGAACAAAGAAAAAACAUUUUAGAUAUUAUGCUUCAAGAUCAACAUUUGGAGAAUAAUUUCGACAUUGGCAAAUUAGUAGCGAAAACUGCUAACUUUUCAGGCAGUGAUUUGAAAGAGGCAUGUCGAAACGCAGCAAUGAUACCAAUACGAGAAUAUAUGCGUAGCCAUUCUACAUCAGACGGCGAUUUGACAGAUAUUGACCCUGAUAAAGUGAACAUUCGACCUAUGAGAUUGUCUGAUUUUUUUGUCCCAGAAGGAUCUGUUCUUCAAUCAACGAAGAAUACAGUUACAUCUCCCGGCGAGGUAGAACAGGAACAAUUAGAUUAA